AUGGACAGGACCCUUGACGGUAUGAGCAUUGCCCCCAGUGUUGAUAAAAUGGACUUGAUGGAGAAGGCAACUAUUGGUGGCCUGAACAAGCAUGCGAAAACAGGCGAUGGAGGCAUCAGUUGUGCCGAUUCCAUCCAGAAGAGCAGCAAGGGGGUCGAUAGGUUGGAUGUGGACACGUACAUGCAUGCACAUACUCAUGCGCAUACUCAUGUGGACAAGUGCGCCACGAACAGAGAGUUCGAAAGUGAUGACGCUGCUCAGGGGAAAGCGAUCAGUGGGGAUGCUAAAGAGGAACAAAGAGGAGUCAACGCAGGAGAGAGUAGCAAAACAGAACUAGCACAAAGUGACGCAAGUAAGGAGGAAAAGGCGAAAGACAAACCGAAUGAACUUGCGAGGAUGAAGAAGGAAGCAAAAGAAACACAUGCACAACCAGAAGCGAAUAACAAGAAAAAGGAAAGCUACAAAUAUUUUAUUGAUUAUAGUAAAUAUAGAAGCAAAAAUAAUGUGACGUUCUCGACCAAGUAUAAAGACAGCUGUGUGAAUUUAAGCAGCGAUAAGCUCACCUGUUAUGGAGACAAAGGAUGGUCCAGUUAUAAGGACAAAGUGAUAAAGGUAAACCCAUAUAUAAGAGUCGGUUUCGCUUGCAGAUAUAUGAGGUAUGAUUAUCCCAUAGGAACAGACAAAUAUAGCUACUGCGUCAAUAGCAAAAAUGGAAGAAUUUUUAACAACUCCAUAAGCUACGACUGCAUGGAACCAAUUAAAGUAGGUGAUAUCAUUGGGUGCUACUUAAAUUUAAAGAACAAAAAUACGUACAACUUCGAUCCAAGAUCAGAUAAAAAAUUGUAUGAAUAUUUGCAAAAUGGUAUUCUAUGUGAUCCCAAAGAUCCACCCAUGUUAAAGAAAAACUACGGUUCGUCUAUUUUUUUCUCCCUAAAUGGGCAAAUAAAGAAAAACGCCUUUGUUGAUAUUUAUGAAGGGUUUUAUCAUCCGUCUGUGAGUUUGUACAUGGGUGCUUCGGCAAAAAUUAAUUUGGGUCCUCAUUUUGCGUAUAACCAUUUGAAUGAUUACAUCCCGUGUGUGUUUAUGGAGCCACCGAUUAUUCUGUGA